AUGGAUAAAAGAAAGUUGUUAUUUGAGGACAAUUUGAAAACCAAUUUCUAGGAUUUCAAUAAUGACUUCAAGGACAAUAAACUCAAAGUCAAUGAUAUCAAAAACAGAGACUAAUCCAAUAAGAGAGUAUCCACCAAAUAACCAUAUGAAGCAAAUAAUAAAUCAAAUGAAUUGAACAAUAAAACUAACUCUAGUUUUUCAAUCUAUCAGGAUAAUGAUACAUCCUAUUUCAGAAAGAGGAUAGAAGAUCUAUAAUUCAGAGUUGACUCUUAGGACUUAAAAUUGAAGGCAAAAGAUAAGGAAAUACAACAUCAACAAUCUUAGAUUAAACAAUAUAUUCUUGAAUUGCAUCAGAUCCAAAUUAUAGAGAAAGAUUAUAAAGAGUAGAUCAUUGCUCUAAACAGUGUGCUCUCCUAAUGGAAAGAUAAAUAUUUUGCCAAUCUCAAAGAAUACUAAUAUAAAUUAGCUACAAUAACUAGACAAGCAUCACAGGACUAGAAUUCUUUGAAGAAAAAAUAUGAAGAAAUCAUAGAACAGCAAUAAAAGGAGAUCGAGUAGAUUGAGUUAAGAUUUGAAAAUGAAAGGGAUAAUAUCUAUAAAUCUAUGGAAUUAUAAAAUAAAUCAUAACAUAUAAAUGAAGAGAUAAAUGUAAGAAAUUCUCUAAGCAUAUAAUAGGAAUUGAUAUCGAAAUAUGAUGAAUUAGAGACUGAGAAUAUGGGAUUAAGAGAAAAAAUACUAGUGUUUGAAGCUAAUUAAGAUGAACUCAAAUUUCACAUCUAAUAAAUCUCUGGCAGAUUAUUAGAACAAGUGAACAAGACUGUUUAACUUGAAUAAUAGAAAUAAUAGGAAAUCUAAAAUUGUUAGAACUUAUUAUUGGCAAAGGAUAAACAAAUCAAUAAUCUGUUAAUACAAAUUGAAGAAUCUAAGAAUGAUGAGUAAUAUCUCGAUUAAGAAAAGCUAGUACAAUUAGAAAAUCUGAACAAUUAAUUAAUUGAGUAAAAUUCAUAAUUAGAAGAUGAAAAUCAAAAAUUGAAAACAUAACAUUCCGAUUAAUUCGAGUAAGAGAAUGAAGAACUAAAACUCAUCAUUCAAAAAUAGAAAUAAUAAAUUUAAAAAUAAUAAUAAGAAUUGACUUAAUAUAUCUAACAAAAAAACUAAUUUGAAUAGCUAUCAAUCUCAGAAGCAAAUUUAAAAUCAUAAGAAUAAUAAGUUGAAUUUAAUGCAAUACUUCAAUAAUUAAGUUAGGCAGAAUAGGAAUGUGAAAAAUUAAGACAAUAGAAUCAUACCCUCUAAAAUAGUAUAUCUAAUUAGUAGAUCUUUGGAUAUUAGAAGGAUGAAUUAUUAGAAUAGAUUGAAUCAUAUGUAAGAGAUAUUAAGGAGAAAGAUGAAGUGAUAUAAUCAUAAAGAAUAAAUUAAAAAGAAUUUGAGAAGGUAUUGGCUCAAUAUAGAGCAGAAAAUAAAGAAUAUAAAACAAAAAAUGAGCUAUUGUCAAAUUAAAAUGAAAUAUCAACACUUUAAAUAGAAGAAAUAUUGAGGGAAAAAUAACAAUUAUAAAAGUAGUUAGAAAGUUUAGCAAAUGAAAAUAAAUUAUAAACUAAAGAAAUUCAAAAUCUCUAAGAAACUAUUAAUAUAUAGAUGAGAAAAGAAAAUGACAAUUCAUUAAUUAUGAAGAUAGAGAAUUUGAAAAACAAGAAUUCCAUUCUUUAAGAAUAAAAUAUUAUGCUUUCAUAAAAGGCAGAUGAAGUUUUGGAGGAAUUUGAACAAAAAACUAAAUUUUAUUAACUAGAAAUUGCUGAAACAUAAGAAUUAUAUAAUUUAAUUUCCCUUUAAUUAAAUGAAAAAGAACUCAAAUUGAAACAACUUGAAGAAAACCUGGUUUUAUAAAAGGAACAUUCGUAAUAACUAUUUGAAAACAAUUAAACUUUGCAGGAAGAUCAAAGGCUAUAUCAUUAACAAUUGUCUAAUUUCAAAUAAAUAACUGAGGAUACUUAAAUCUAUGAUGUUGAUUUUUAAAAUCAACUUUAGGACUAGUAAAUAAAGUCUAAGACUUCUGAUAGAUAAAAAGGCUUCGAAUUUAACAAUGUGGAAGAGCGGUAAGAAAUCACAACUUAUGUGAGUAAAUAAGAAAAUAAUUAAAAUGAAGAGCUUCUAUAAAUGAUAAACGAUUUUGAUUUGUAAUUAAGAUCAGAAAAAGAAUUAAAUGAAAAUCUAAAUCUUCAGCUUCAAAAUUUGCAAGGUGAAUUUUUAGCAUUGUAAGAGGAUAAGCUUAAAUCUUUAAUAUAAACUGAGAAAUAAGAGGAAUAGAUAAAAUAACUAACAUAAAAAUUAACAGAAUAAAAACUAUUAAAUGAAGAUUUACAAUAAACAUAUCAGAGUAAUUUAGAGAUCGAAUUAGAAAAAAAUAAAAACACUUUUGAAAAUACAAUAAACUUAUUGCAAGAAGAAAAAGAUUAACUAAAAUAAAAAACUAUUGAAGCCAUAUAGGAAAACAUCGAUUUAUAAAAUAAAUUAUAAUAGUUUGAAACAGAAUUAUUAUAAAAACAAUUAUAAUUAUCAAGAAUUGAUCAUUAAUAGGUAGUUGAAUCAUAUGAAAAUGAGAAUAGCAAUAACUUUGAACUUGAGUAGUCAACAGAAGGAAGACAAUACUUAAUAGUUAAAAAUGAAAAAAGUGAAUAAGUAAAUAAUUAGUAAGAAGAUGAUGUGUAAGUUUAGGAAUUUAUGAAGGAUGAAAAUAGUUAAAUUAAAAAACUAGAAUAAGAAUUUGAGUUCUAAUAGUAAGCUUAGGUUCCAUUGAAUUAAAAAGGACUGAGAGAAUAAAUAGUAUCUUCAUUUGAAUAAAGCUCAUAAAGUGUAGAAUAAGCAUCAAAUUAAGAAACUCUCGUCUUAAAAUUAAUUGAAAAGAUUAAUUUUGAUGAACACUCUGUUUUAUCAAAUCCAAAACCUGAACAAUAGGAACUAUUUGAGGUCGACUAGCAACCCAAGGAAGUUUCCUUUAACUAACAACAAGACGACCCUUCUAAAAUUUCCAAAGAAUUAGCGAAUAAUUUGAUUAAUAAUGUCUUAAUUGAUGCAAUCGAAUCAGUACUUAAUUUAAGUAAGUGA